AUGUCCACAUACCGUUCUCAUGCUGUGACAUGGCAUUGUCAGCGAAGACUGGAGGAUAGGAAAUGGUUCCGCCCAUUUUUCACUAAUCUCCCCUCAGGAGUCUGUGCACUGGUUUUACUUGAGUGUCCUGGUGAGGAGACCGAGUUCCAGAUCUGUGUCAACGUCAAAGAUAGAGAUUUUCACGCAAUGAGUCCUAGAAGAGAAGAUGUUCAAGGGAUUCGUGGAUGGGCCGUGAUUCUUGUGGUAUUGUUUCAGUUUUAUCCUAACUACUUUCCUAAUGGAUAUAUCGGAGUGGAUAUGUAUUUUGUCGUCUCUGGCUUCAUAAUCGCCUCUUUACUGAAGAAAAAUGACGUGACAAAGUUCUGCGAUGUCGUGCAAUUUUUCAGAGCAAGAUUGCACAGGAUUUUACCUUUGUACUUUGUGGCCAUUAUUCUUAUAUCAAUCGCAGUUUCACUCGGAUUUCCGGAAUCCUACAGAGCGAUUAACUAUGAAAGUGCACGUAAAGCAUACUUUCUAGCUUACAACUUCAAUUUUCAAGGAGUUGACAGAGAUGAGAUAAAUCUACUGGGUGAGGAUCUUUUUUCUCACACAUGGUCUAUCUGCGUGGAGGUACAAGUCUAUGCUCUGAUAUCAAUUAUAUUCUUCCUUCAAAGAAAAUUAUUUGACAACGAAAUUUUAACAUUUUCAUGCGUUCUGUUGUUGUCUCUUGUUUUCCAUUUAUGUAUGUCGGAACCGUUGGCUUCCUUCUCGUCUUUGUCAAGAAUGUGGCAGUUUUCAUUAGGAAUGCUAGUGUUUUUCAAAUAUUCCAGUAAGACAGAGAAACCACCUGACACUGCCCUAAAACACGUAUUUCCGACGGUUUCCGGAACAUCACAUGGAAGCAGUCUUACGAGUCGAAGCAUGAAAGAACAGCCUGGUAUCCUUCAAAACGCUUGCGUCUUUUCUCCUGUUCUUGUGGCUUUACUACCGAUUCGUUUUGACGUCACGGAAAUGCGGUUAUGCAUCACAGUGACAACAGCUUUAAUACUUUAUGCUAAUUAUGAGAGGAAAGCCAACAGAGUCCUGGAAAUGUAUGUUCCAGAGCGGAAAAAUGUUCCAACUAUCGAUGUGACUAAAGCAGUCGUAAUCACUAAUGAUAUGAUACGUCAUGUUGGUGAUAUCUCAUACGUACUCUACCUAGCCCAUCUUCCACUGCAUUCCAUCGUUGAAUUUUAUUCAGAGUAUAUAAGUUGUCCGUUUCCGUUUGGGAUUCUGGUUUCUUUUGUGUUAGCUACAAUUUCUCAGAGAUACGUUGAGAAUGUGUAUCGAUCUCUUCCUCAAAAUACUAAAUCGCUUCUUUCAUUCGUACUUUUUGUCAUGGUAGUGGUAUGGCAUUUUUGA